AUGUCUAUUGAACAACAAGUACCUGAAACUCCAAAAUAUAUUGUUAAUAAAAGAAAACUUCAAAAUUAUGAAACUAUGCAACAAGCUCUUCUUAUUGGACUUCUUAAUCCAUUUUGUCAAUUUAUUAUUAAAAAACCAAGAAAACAAACAAUUGUUAGACAUUGUAUGCCUAAAGUUAAAACUAUUAAAAUUAAUAAUGAAGAAAUUGAAGUAAUGAAAUUAGCAGAUCAUUUUUGUAGACCAUUAUAUGAAGAAGAAUGUCGUAAAGGAAUGAAUAAACAAACUGCUUUUAGAAGAUUUGAAAAGAAUAAAAAGAUUUUUGUUAUUAAUAUUCUUUAUGAUUUAUGUUUAGAAAUGGGUUAUUUCUUUGAUGCUCGUCUUUCUAGAAAAACUGAAAAAAGUCUUAGAAUUGAUAGAGUUCAAAGAGUUUAUUUACAUGGAGAAUAUAUUUUAGAUGUUGAUGAUUUAAUGAAAAAGGGACAAUUAAUAAAUGAUUAUUUGAAUAAAACAAUUGCUGAAGAGUAUCAUGCUAUUAUUAGUCUUAAUGAUACGACAAUUAGAAAUAUUUUCUGUUCUUAUAUUAGAGAAUGA